UGCGUGGGGUGAGGAAACAGAAACCUGCUUCCAGUGAGCUGGAGUUGAAGUCAGCUAACUCUUUGUUGCUGCUCUUACCUGGAGCUGUAUUCGCCUUGUGUUGGUGAUCAGACUGGCAGCUGCAGGGCUUUAAUUGAACACAGAGGAAAUAUUUGACAGCUGACCAGCAGAGAUGUGUUAGUGUUGGGUUUUAAUAACAAACCGCUCAGCAUUUUAUACUGUAGGAAAUAUGUCCAAACACAAAACAUCCAAGAAAAAGCUGAUUAUUGAAGAUGAUGAGCCAAUAGAGGAUGAAGAAGAACUGAACCCCUUCUCCUUCAGAGAAUUCAUCAGGAGCAAAAAUCAACAUUCCAGCACCGCCGAGCCUGUUGAGAAAACGUCCGAUGGUGCUUGUUCAGUGGAGGGUGAAUACAAGUACGCCGGAGGCUUUGAGCACAGCCAUAAGAGUCACUUUUUCACAGAUCCCUCACUGAUCGACCAGUCAUUUGAUUAUAAGCCUGAGGAUGAAUGGACUGAAAGCUACCAGCCCUCGACCAUUAAGGAAGCACGUGACUUAGGACUGAGUGGCGCGCUGGAAGGCAGUGCUUAUUUGGAUCAUUCCUUACUAUCCUGUGAAGACGAGGAUGAGACUGUAAACAAGUGGGAGCUAGGAGAGGACUUCUCACCACAACCUCAUUUCCACAGAAGGAGCACAGGUAGCUAUGAAGGAGAUGAAGAGACCUCGGUUAUUGAUCUCACCUUCCAUUCGAAGAAAAGAGGGACAGAAAAUGGGAUUAGUUACCAGCAAAAGCUAAGAGAAGAAAAUGCUCAGCUUCGGAAGCAUAUCAGAGAACUGAUGAAAAAGUCAGAGGCUGAUUCUACAAAAAUCCAGCAGCUUACAGACGAGCUGCACAACCGAAAUUUGCAAGAGGAGAGAGAAGCCAAAACCUUAGAGAGUAUGGUGCAGUCUGUGGAAGAAAACCUCCAGCUCAUGACAAAACGAGCUGUAAAAGCUGAAAGCAGUUUGUCGAAAUUGAAACAAGAGGUCCAACAGCUUCAGAGCCAGCUAGAGGCAUACAGAUGUGAAAAUGAACGACUUCGUGCAGGAGAAACUGCCGCCUUGAGCUCAAUGAGACAAAAUGCACAAGUGGCAUCCAAGUACCUCAUCAAAGCUGCCCAGGAUGCUGAGACUUCCAUUAAGCAGUUGCUGACAGGAAGAGAGACUUUGUGUCUUGUAUCAGAGCUGCUGAGUUCAAUUGACAAGAUCACUGAGAUUCCAAAAUAACACCUUUUUUUAAAUUUCACUAUGCAGUGCCUUACCUAUCUCCGUUAUUACUUUGCCCUUUCAAAUCAGAUGCUUUUCACAAACCAUGACUUACAGAAUAACCAUGUUAUUCUCUGUGGCUGUGCGGUUCCAGCCAUGACAAACGCUCUUCCCCGGACGAGCUCGCGGUCUCAGUUAUCUUUAUUAUUAUCAGUAAUAAGGAUUAAAUCAGAAUUGUUACCUUUGCUAUAGAUUUGGAGGCAGAAAACCAAGAGAAUGUGAUCUGCUUUUGUAAUGUGACUGAACGCAGCCACAGUUAAAGUGGGACAUCACAUCGUGUACCAAGUUCUUAUUUAUAAUUAUGUUGCAACGUCAUAUGAUUGGCAGUCAAAUAUUUUCUGUUGUACAUGCUAUAAAUCUCCUCGUAGUCAUUCACUAAAAAGAAUAGUGUGUAAAAAGCAAUAUCAGUAUGUUUGUUUUUAACGCUUACCUUGCUGAUUGGUUGUGAAGUUAAAAAAAAAAAUGAAUGACAUCACUCGACAUUUUUUUUUGAAGAUUUUAUUUGUUUUUACAAUUUUUGUCAGCAUACAUAGACAACCUUUUUUUUUUUUUUUAACCAGUUGUUUGUUCUGACAGUUGUCCCCAUUUUAAUUUCAGCUCUUCAGAUGGUCAGUAUCUGUUGUCCGUACUUCUAUCAAACAGUUCCCUGGCCAAUAGCGUACUGUAUAAGAGCUGAGAUUUCAUUCCUUUUAAAAAUAGUUUUUAUAGUUAAAAAAGUGAGAAAUUCAACUUCUUGUAAACAGCUGCUUUUUCAUUUCCAUUACUCGAAUGUGAAAAUGUAUAAAGCUCGUGUAGUAUAACAUUUUUGUGGAAUUGAUUGAAUGCGUAGCAUUGUUUCGUAACAUAGUGCUUUUAUCAUUAAUAAAUAUGGUAUGUUAAGAUACAACCCCGAUUCCAAAAAAGUUGGGACAAAGUACAAAUU